AUGCCUCCUCUUAAGUCUUGGCUCCGAAUAUCACCUAACAGCGAUUUCUCCAUCCUCAAUAUUCCCUUCGGUAUCAUUACCUCCCGCAAUUCCCAAGUUACACACCGCCCAGCUAUUCGCAUUGGCGACCAUGUCCUUGAUCUCCUCGCCUUUUCCAAAUCAUCCGGUUUCCAAAAACUCCCGUCCUUCAGUAAUCAUCUCUCGGUCUUCGAAGAACCAAAUCUCAAUGCAUUCGCAGCAUUAGGUCAACCCGUUCAUCGGGAAGUUAGGAAAUAUAUACAAGAGGUCUUCAAGGAGGAUACACAAUACCCGGAGUUAUUAAAGGAUAAUGAAGAAGUGCAAAAGGAAUGUCUGCUGAAGGAAGGAGAGUGGAAAAAUCAUCUGCCAAUGAGAAUUGGUGAUUAUACGGACUUCUUCGCGGGAAUCAAUCAUGCUAGGAAUGCGGGGACUAUGUUUAGAGGACCAGAAAAUGCACUUCAACCAAAUUAUACACAUGUUCCUAUUGGGUAUCAUGGUCGAGCUUCUUCGGUCGUCGUGUCCGGAACGCAAGUCAUACGUCCAAAUGGUCAGAUAAUACUUGAUCCUAAAGCUCCUGGUCCGAAGAAACCUAUAUUUGGACCUUCUAGACGACUCGAUAUUGAGUUGGAACUUGGUUGUUUCCUAUGUACAGGAAAUGAACUCGGACAACCUAUUAAAGUUAAGGAAGCCGGAGAGAACAUCUUUGGAUAUGUCCUCAUGAACGAUUGGUCCGCAAGAGAUAUUCAAAAUUGGGAGUACGUCCCACUAGGUCCCUGUAAUGGAAAGAAUUUCGCUACGAGCAUUAGUCCUUGGGUUGUUCUACAAGAUGCCAUUGCGCCUUUCCGAACUGCCAAAUUGGAAACCGAGAUUUCAAAAUCAGGGGAGUUGUUGGAUUAUCUCAAAGAAGAAAAUAAUGAUACGGGUCUAAAUAUCAAUCUCGAAAUCGACCUGACAACUACAGAUGGAAGCACAACUACGAUCGGAAAAGUCAAUGCCAAGAAUCUAAUAUGGAGUUUUGAGCAAAUGCUCGCGCAUCAUAGUAGUGGGGGGUGUAAUAUGAGAACGGGGGAUCUAUUGGGUAGUGGAACGAUUACGGGGAAGGACGAUCAGGAAAUGGGUAGUUUGUUGGAGAUGUCGUGGGGUGGUAGUAAGGAUAUUUGGUUGGUGGGGAUGGAGACGAGGAGGUUCUUGAAGGAUGGGGAUGAGGUUACUUUGAGGGGCAGUUGUGGGGAAGAGGAGGGUGGGAAGGUUGGGUUUGGUGAGUGUAGGGGGAAGGUGGUUAGUGCGUUGGUUUAUUGA